CUUGCCGUGAAGACAAGGAAUCCAACAACGAUCUCUUCACAUUCAUGUGUGGGUAUAUAAGGAGCUCUUCCCAAGUUUUUUUUCAGCCUGUCUAUUCUACUGUCUCUCCACCGUCUACGACAGAAGCGCUUCACUUGAAUCGAGUCACUUAUCAUCGCCCGCCAGGAUGCGUUCUCUCACCUUCUUGAAUGUUGCAUUCGUAUGCUUCUCCUUCACCCUGCCAUCAGUGGAUGCCAAAUGCUGCAACCACCUAACUAAAACACUAGAGUGCGGCGACGGUACGCUAGGCACUCCCUGCUGUGGCUACGGAAGAUGCAACGCCUUCUGCUGCAGGUGUCCUGGCGUUUCGAUAUUCGAAGAUACAGUCGAGUACAACGGCACCGAGUAUCAAACCAUUGUCACCGCGCCAUCGGAUCCAGUCAAAGGUCAAGCGUCAUGGACCUGCCGUGACAGACACAUCACGACCACGGGUCCGCCACCAACAACAACAGCAACAACGGUGACAUCGCCAACAGGAGACGGCAAGCGCUCUGCUGGUGAUGCCGCUGUGACAGACUUUCUGAUAAGAACCACCGCGGCUCCUCUACCCACCGGCCCAGCAACUUUCGGUCCCAAGAGUAGCCUUAGUUACCUGUUCCCAUCAGUCGACCUGUACCCAUCAUCACCCGAAGAUCACGAUGCGUGGGCUGAUGAAGUCCGAGUUUUCGAGGACUUGAGUGGUGGCCUACAAAUCAACGGCACGUGGGUGGUCUCGAAGGAGCAGUAUUUGGGAUUUUUCGGCGUCUCGGAUCUGGAAAUUGGAUCGGAACACGGGCAGAACGUGCUUGCCAAGUUCGCGAUGCAUGAUAUCAACAGAGAUGGCUACUUGAACUUCGAGGAGACGGCGCUGCAUUGCGAUAGACAUGGCUGCUAUGGGGAAUACCUUGACGCAUAUCGACCACACCGAGGAUGA